CAAUGUGAUAAUAAUUAAUAUGAAAAUUUUUCAAUGAUUACUGACAAAUCCAAAUGAUAGGAAAUAAUCUGUAUGGUUCAAGAAUUAAUGUUUUAUUAAAACAACAACACAGAACGUUCUUCGGGAAUAUACAAUGCCUUUAUCUUCUACAGGACCAUUACUACUAACCCCGUAACAUAUAUCACAUCGACAACCUGUUUACAUGUUUAAAUGUCUCAUUUAUUCAUCAGAAUCGGAAAAUAGACGCCAUUUUUGUACGAUAUAAAUCUGGUGACCCAAUAUGGAAAAAUAUCGGAAUGGUGGAUUGAGACCAGCACUUGUUCACCAGGAGGUUAUGAAGAAAAAUCUAAUAGCUCCGUUUAGGGCUUUUGAGUUUGUGUGCUCAGGCUCCCAACGAAAGAUCCUAAGUAGUCUUAAAGAGUGGGACUCAAACUAUUGUCCAUCAGGGUCCAACACAAGCAACACCACUGACAUUGGACACAGCAAAACUAUUGAAAGUUACAAUGACAAUGUUGACCCGAAGCACAUCCAGCUCAGUGGGAGUUUCAGCAGUGACAGUAACAACAACAGCGAUGAUAUAAACAUCAUGAAAUCUUACUACAGUGAUGAGCUUUCUACUUCUAGCCUGUUUUCAAGUUCUGGGGUUCAGAGUGGUGGCAAUAUGGACAUUGGCAGGGAGAGUGUGGACAAUGAACGUGAUAAUGUGGUCGUCUCAAAUACCACAGAUGAAAUUUUAUCAAAUAGUGAGAAACAAAUGACGGAAAGUAGUAGUUUGCAUUCGGGUCAAAGGACUGUUGAGAAUACAGUUGUAGACAGUCACUCCAGUGCUAUUAAAUGUGACUUCUCAGAGAGUAGAACGGUUAGAAAUACUAGGUGUCAAUCAAACAAGAAAUCCAAGAAAACCUCUAAAAGAGAGCUUGUUGUUGCUUUAAAAAGAAUGGAUGUAGUUUUAGGUCAACUCACAAAUAAUCAAAUCAACAUUCAUGAGAUUGACAUUGAAAGCAUUUCAUGUACUUGUAGCAAGAAAACUCAGAAUAAUGAACAGUGUUUAAAGCAGGCAUAUAAAGAUGAUAAGAAUCAUGUACAUUCAACAAGUAAUGAAGACUCAGCUGUAUCUAAGGUAACCAUUCAGAACAAAACACAUGCAGAACCAUGUGAGCAAGAUACAACAGACAAUGUUGAGGAUUCUGUAUCUGGCAGUGAGUGUUCUAUGGAGAAAUGGCCUGCCCUGUCAUGCCCAGUGUUGGAGGGGCAGCCCCAUUCUCCAGUGCUGGCCCCUGACUGGCAGAUAAAGCAGUCUCCAGACAUAGUUAGUGAGUCAUAUUCCUCGGACUUACCAGACCAGCCCCAGCCCCUAACCAAAGCAGGCCCACUUCAGCACUUGGCCAUGACAGUUUGGUCUGAAUCUAUGGUUAACUCUUCACAGCCAUUGAAAGUGGCAAGCUCCCCUGAACGCUCAGAGGAAUUGGACUCAGAGAAAGCAGAUCUGUUUCAAUCCUCGUCCGAAGAUCCACCGGAGCCCAAAGAUAUAGCAGAUUCCUUAAAACACACAUAUAGAGAAGGUAUGUCUAAGUUAGGAGAUACAUCAGAUGUCCUGCAACCCUCAGACAAAGCAGGCUUGUUUAAACCUUUAGAAACAGAAGAUCCCCACAAUCUCUCAGACAUUAUAGGUGUUUCUCAACCCUUAGCUGAAACAGACCCAUCUCGGCCUGAAUACACAGCAGUGUUAUUGGACACAACAGGCCCACCUCAGCCCUCGGACACAGCUGGCCCAUCACCUCCCAUGGACACAGCAGGCCCACCAAAGCCCUCGGACACAACAGGCCCACCUCAGCUCUCUGACACAGCAGGCCCAUCUCCUCCCUUGAAAACACAGCCCUUUGACACAGCAGGCCUAACACAGCCGUUUGACACAGCAGGCCUAACACAGCCGUUUGACACAGCAGGCCUAACACAGCCGUUUGACACAGCAGGCCUAACACAGCCGUUUGACACAGCAGGCCUAACGCAGCCCUUUGACACAGCAGGCCUAACACAGCCCUUUGACACAGCAGGUCUAACGCAGCCCUUUGACACAGCAGGCCUAACACAGCCGUGUGACACAGCAGGCCUAACACAGCCCUUUGACACAGCAGGCCUAACACAGCCCUGUGACACAGCAAGUCUGCAUAAACCAUUGGACAUAGUAUCUCCCGAUUUCCAGCAAACACAGGGCGUCUCACAAUGUUCCUCUCUUCGACUGGGGAACACAAGUCAGUCUGGUUCAGAAGAGAGUGAAACUUUCUUACACACUGAUAAACUUGAUUCUUGUGAUGACAUGAAAGAAGUUUUUAAUGGCUUUGUCAACUAUGUGGAACAGAACUUACGAAAAGGAAAGAAAACAAGUCGUUCUGCCGAAAAUCAUUCAGGAACAUUUCAGACUCGGACACGUAUUUUCACUAAUAAACAAAAAGCAGUACAUCAGCAGUCCAAAAGAACAGAAACAGUAAAAAUAUAUUGUCGACAAUUAUCAGAAGAUAAAAAAGUUAUCACAAUGAAAAGCAGAACAAUUCAAAGAGAAAUCCUACCUCCCAUUAAGGAACUUGAGAAAGAAAUGAUGGACUGUUUUAGGAAGAGUUGCUCUCCAAAACAACCAGCUUCUGCACCAAGUAAAGAUAGACAUAAGGACAAGAUUUUAAAAGAAAAAGCCCAGAUAUUACUUCAAUCAUAUGAUGCAACUGUGGAAAGAAGUUUCAAGAGUCAAUUAAGAAAGUUAUCAGUAGACGUUGACAGAGGAAAAACUCCUGGGAAUAGCAGCUUAAGCACAAAAAACACCUCGGCGGAGGGGAGUUAUAGGAGCCUAAAUGAGAAGAUACUGAAGAGCAAGGCAAGGCAAUUACUCAUGGAAAGUGAUAAGCCAAGUGUGGAUAGGAAGGACAGAAAUAAAUGUUCUAGUUCUGGCAAGAGGCUGUCUGAAGAAACACCUAGCCGAAGGUUGAAGGAGUUGCAAAGGAAGAACUAGAACAGACAUCAAAAUUAGACUUGGAUGAACAAACCCAUCUUCUUUAAUAAGUGCUUGCCAUCAAAAUCUGUCAAGAAGCCCUGCUGUAUAAAAUCAAUAACUUGAACAAGCCUGGAAAUUAUAUUACGGUACCAAUUCAGGGCUUGUGGGCUUGUGCUAAUCUCCACCACUUCUAGAAUGGUGAAAUCUUUUACCCUGCUAUUAAAGUAGUGGAUACAGAAUUUGUUGAUGUGUUCUUGAUAAUAAUUUUAAUACCUAAUUUCAGUUUUAUUAUAUUUCUCUGUUUUAUUUGAUUGUGAUGCAAACAUUUUUUGUACCAUUGCAAGUGUUUUAUAAUUGGAAAUAGUUUUUGAUUGCUGGUAUCCAGUAAUCAGGUUUAAUACUUUUACACUGUUUCUUUUUAGAAAUUCAGUUCUGCAUAAUAAUUAUGUCCUUUGUUGUCUUGAAUACCAUUUUUAUGAAAUGCCUGUCACACACAGAAGUACACGCACGCUUGGUAGUCAAUAUAGGUCGAAAUGAUAAAAGCCUCGGCUUGUUUGACUUUUUCGAGGCAUGUUUUUAUGGUUUGAGUUUGUUGUUUUGGUUAGAAACAUUGUAGAUAACUGAAUUAAGCUGGAUUGCUUUUUGUUCAGUACAGAACAACCAGAAAACGGAAUCAUACAGAUUACCAGUAUAUAUGGACCUUUCAAUUAGAUGUAGACUUUCUAUAAGGAGCCAAAAUAGCUUCCUCUAGUUUGGCUUAGACUGUGUACACAAUUUAUCUUGCCAUUUUGUAUACACAUUUUUAAAAAAUUCAAUUUGAAAGUCACUGAAUUUUUGCUACAUUAAUGGGCAGUGUGCAUAGUAACAUGAUUUCUUUUUUUAUUCAUGAGUGUAUAUUUUUAAUUUUGUUGUUGUUUUGCUGUAAAAGAAAAAUGAAAAACUCUGUUAUGAUUGUUAUGAAGUUUUAGAUUGUUGCUGAGAUAUCUCGAUGCCAUGAUAUUAGAUCUUGAUGACAUGAUAUAUUGUCCUUGAUUCUAUUAUUCUUAAUUUGACUAAUCGAAGAAUAUGGAGAGCUAUACUUCUCACCUAAUAUCAUCGGCGUCACAUCUUGGUUAAGGGUUUGCAUGUAAGCACCUUUAAGUUAUUAUUUCAGCAAAUACAUCAUGUAUUGUAUCGAAACUUUAGGUUUGUGUUCCAAACUAUCCAACCUUCAUUUUGUAUUUAAUUAAUGAAGUUUGAUAACACUGUUUUUAACUUAUGGGCUUUUAAAAUUCUGGAUAAGGUUUUGCAUGGUAAUAUAACAGUGAUCCAUGCAUGUUUCAACCAAAACUUUGCAAGAUUUCCUUUACCUUAAAAGCAGCAGAAUAAUCGGGUGCACUGUCUCUGUGGCAUCUCUUGUUUAUAACAUAUUGUUAUUAUGAUGAAAUUAUGUAAUUGUUACCAGUUCAGUACUUGGCAGACUUCUGUUGUACUACUUUUUUGUCAUUUUGUAAUGCUUUUUCUACAUUUUUAGCUCGACUAUUCGAAGAAUAUGGAGAGCUAUACUACUCACCCAAGCGUCGGCGUCACACCUUGGUUAAGGUUUUGCGUGCAAGCACACAUAGGUUAAUAUCUUGGCAACUACUUGAAGUAUUGCAUUCAGACUUUAUACAAUGGUACUCAACCAUCCAACUGACUUAAUUAACCAAGUUAGAUAACUUUAGUUUACAUUUAAUGCAAAAAAUAGGCCUUUAUUAUUUGACUUAGAAAUUCUGGUUAAGGUUUUGCAUGUAAGCACACAUAGAUUAAUAUCUCAGCAACUACUUGAGGUAUUGCAUUGAGACUUGAUACAAUGGUACUCAACCAUCCAACCUACUAAAUAAACCAAGUUAGAUAACUCUAGUUUGCAUUUUAUGCAAAUAAUUGCCCUUUAUUAUUCAACUUUGAAAUUCUGGUUAAGGUUUUGAGUGUAAGCACACAUAGGUUAAUAUCUCAGCAACUACUUCAGGUAUUGCAUUGAGACUUUAUACAAUUGUAGUCAACCAUCCAACCUACUUAAUUAAACAAGUUAGAUAGCUCUAGUUUGCAUUUAAUGCCAAAAAUUGCCCUUUAUUAUUCGACUUAGAAAAUCUAGUUAAGGUUUUGCAUGUAACCACUUUUAAGUCAAUACCUUAGCAAAUACAUCAUGUAUUGCAUUGAAACUUUACACACAGGCUCCCAUCUAUUUAACCUUCUUAUUUAAUCAAGUAAGAUAACUCUAUCUUUCAUAAUAUAUAAUUUUUGCCCCUUUAUUAUGCGACUUAGAAAUUCUGGUUAAGGUCUUGCAUGUUAGCACACAUAGGAUAAUAUCUCAGCAACUAUUUGAUGUAUUGCAUUUAGACUUUAUACAAUGGUAUUCAACCACCCAACUUAAUUGAAUAACCAAGUUAGAUAACUGUAUUUUGCAAAUAAUGGCCCUUUAUUAUUAGACUUAGAAAUUCUCGUUUAAAUUUUGCAUGUAACCACAUUUAUGUUAAUAUCUCGGCUCAUCAUGUAUUGCAUUGAAAUCUAAUCUAACAGUGAUCCAUGCAUGUUUCGUCAAAACUUUUCAAUCCUUACACUGAAAAGCAGUGGAAUAGUCGAGUGUGCUGUCUCUGUGACAACUCUUGUUGACAGAAAUUGUUAUCCCCAGUUGUAGAUAAGGUGACAGUACAAAUAAUAUGUCCGUGCAUCAAUAAGGCUGGUUCUGUCCUCUAUCUUCCCAACUUGGAACAAGGUUUUAAUAAAACUUAACAUAAUUACAUAUUAUAUUAAUGAAGAACUUAAUGAUCACAUAAUAUGAAGAGCAACAAUGGUAAGGUUUUUGGUAUCUUUAACUAUUAAGAGGGUCUUAAAUAAUAACAGGUUCUUUAAUUGUUCACAUAUCUUCUGUUGAAAACAUUUACAUUAACGAUAUUUUGUAACAUUUAAGAACUCACAUUUCUAAGUCUCAAUCUCACAACUCAAGAGGUGAGUUUAUAUGGGCCUAGGUCAAUUUCAUUAAUGCGGUAAAUCACCUUAGUAACUCCAGAGCUACAUGUAUGCCAAUUUUACAAUAAAAGAUGUAGUUUUAUACCCUGUGCAGAUUAUAACUUCAAACCUUUUUUAUUUGCACCGUAUUUGAUUAUGGGAUAAUCCGUUGCACAAGGAAGGCGUCCUAAAAGUUGUCCAUUGUUGAUAACAUUUAUAUCUAAGCUUUACUUAGCUACAAUGCCAUUAUAUCCAAUCUUUUAAACUUAGUCACAAUGUUACAGCCAUCAUUUCUUGGAAAAGUUUAAUUCAUUGCUACCGGUAGUUAGUUCAGAGUUAUUUCCCUGGAGCUUACGCACUCUUAUAAGGUAUCAAUAAGAAGCAUGGUCAACCUGGCCAUUGCAGUUAUGGCAUUGGAUUUGAAAAAUCUUGACCCAUUAAUUUAAGUUUUUAACAAACGUGAAAAACAAUGUGUAUAGGAAUAUUAUUUUCAAAUAGUUUGAUUGCCUACGUUAUUACUGUUCAGUUUAAAGACAGUCUUCUGUUGUAAAUAUAAACCACCUUGAAAACUGACUAAGGCCAUGCUAAAUUCAAUUAACAUCAGAUUUACUCCUUAUUUUUUGGAAAAUGCAAAACCUUUUUUCCAUCUUUUGUAUGCAACACCUUUUUUUUUAAACAAUUAAGAGAUGAACAAAAUAUCAUUGUAUGUCUUUUAAAUAUUCCGUGGACAGAGAAUGUAAUAAAAUGAUUACUUUGUAAGGUAUUGCCUUAAAAUUACACAGUUGAAAUAGAUAAUUACGUUGUAAUUCAUCAUUUGUUGUUUUAAGUGGAUGGCUUCACCCACCCUUUUUUUAAAUAGGUUGUGAUUUUUUAUUUUUAUUUCAACUCCAAUUUUUCUUGGUCAAAUGUCUGAAAAACAAAAAUGUAAAUGUUGUAGUCGCAGUGUAUAAACAAGAUUGAAAAGUAACUAAUGAUCAGUUCACUGACUAUGGUGCUAUAUUGGCAUAUGAUCUAUGCAAUAAAAAGGAACAUCU